AUGGCUGUGCAGGUGGUGCCACAUCCGGAAUUCCGUCCGGAAAAUUCUCGGUCACAUGACCUGAUGCUGCUCCGGGUGGAUCCUCCGUUCGUCCUUUCCCCAUUGGUGGAACCUUUGCCCCUCCCACUUGGCCCCGCCCAGUCUGGAGCUCUCUGCACCGUGAUGGGAUGGGGAACCACCACCAGCCCCACUGGUUAG